AUGAAGAGGAAGAGAGAAGUAGAAAAGGAAUCCGAAAUGAGGUCUUCAACAGCUGAGCUUUCAGUGUUGGCUAAGUUCAAACCUGUUGAUCAUGCUGCUUCUAACAUACCCACUAACCACUUUCUUGCUAUUUGCAAUUUGAUUCUUCAAUUUCUGGAUAAGGUAGGACCAACAAUGACUGUUCUAAGACAAGACAUUUAUCAGAACAUUCAGAGGUUGGAGACCAUGUAUGAGUCUGAUCCUUCGAUGUAUUCCAAUAUGGUAGAAAUUUUAAAAAAAGAGACAAAUGAAGGAAAUGCAAGAAAGCUUACCAGUUGUAGCAGAGCCUUUCUUUGGUUGACAAGGUCACUGGAUUUUACAGUGUCUUUAUUACAAAAGUCAAAAGAAGAACCUAGACUGAGCAUGGAGCAAGCGGUAGAGGAUGCUUACAACCUUACUCUAAAGCCAUGGCAUGGAUGGAUUUCAUCUGCUGCUUUCAAAAUAGCUCUGAAACUUGUGCCAGAUAGUGAAACCUUUACUAAUCUCCUAAUGGCCAAAGACGAAAACAACGAUGCCCUCGUGAAGGAAAUAGACUCCUUCAUUUCCCAGCUCGCACCUUUUCUAGAAGAUAUCCAUAAUAUUCUGGUAAACUCAAGUAUUACUUUCAGCAUUAGAACCAAUUUAAUCACGGUUUACCUACUGAUCACGUUCAUGGGUUUCUUUUCCAGAGACUGUACAGGUUAGAUCGCUUAAAGUCUGCAUAAAGGAAGACCAAUGGACAAAAGAAGAGUAGUUUCCCAAGUUUUGAGUCAUUUACAUUUUCUUAUGUAUAGAAAACAUGUAAAUACAACUGCCAUAGGUAGCACAGGAAAGUUUCUUUUUCCAUCUAUUUUAUUCAUACACUUCUCAUCUUUCUGCUUCAUACAGAUAUAACAGUUAGGCUUGUAAUGUAACUGGUAGAAUUACUAUUUUACUAGACCGCACGUCAUGUCUGUAAUCUUUAACUGUAUAAUAUAUGGUGUUUUCUGUUUA